AUGCAUGCCUGGAAUUACUUCCCGAUGCUUGCACAGCUCCUCUUCCUCCUCUCCCUCUAUAACGCACGCCACACUGCAUCAUUAGAAAGGUGUCCCACAGACUCCAACUUUACCACCAACAGCACCUACCAUUCCAACCUCAACCUCCUCCUCCCAUCCCUCACCUCGGCCACCGUCUCCACCGGCUCCGCGAACACGUCUGCAGGGCGUUCCCCAGACCAAGUCUUCGGCCUGGCGCGUUGCCAACUCGACGUGUCUCAAGACAUAUGCCAAGCUUGCCUCGCCACCGCCGUCGACACCCUCCGCAGUAGCUGCCCCUUCGCAAAAGAUGCGGCCACUUGGGGAGAUCUCUGCUUCCUUGCUUACUCCAACACAACUUUCUCGAACGAGAGCGAUAAAUCAUCCUAUUACGAAAUCUUAUACAACGUAGAAGAAGUUCCGGGGCCGCCGCGAUUCGUGGAUCUGGUGGGGGAAUUGAUGGAUGCCCUUAUCAACUGGGCUGCCUACAAGACUGACAGCAUGUUCGCCAUUGGAGAAGCCAACUUUUCGAGCUUCAUCAAAGUGUACGGAUUGGUGCAGUGCACCAGGGAUCAGUCUGAUGAUGACUGCUUUCAGUGUCUUCUGCAGUCGUUGGAUUUAAUGCCGAUUUGUUGCUGGAAACACCAGGGAGGACGGGUGUUUAAGUACAAGUGCUUCUUGAGGUUCGAGACCUAUUCAUACUAUAAUAUGUCAGUCCCCACAUCUCCACUGCCUCCGCUGUCAUCUGCACUCUCUUCAGCACCUCCGCCUGGAGCUACGGCCAAUCCACCGCCUCCGCCUGCUGUGGUGAACUCCAACUCUUCGUCAUCAUCAGCGAGAGAUGCAGGAAAAAAGCAGAACUCUAAAAUAGUAGUGGCUGUCGUAAUCCCCAUCCUCGGUGCUGUGAUGCUUGUCGCUGCGCUUUUGAUUUUUUUGUGGAGGACGAAAAUAUUUGCCAGAAAGUCGAAUGUUGGAGGAGCGAAAAGUCAAAAGGCAAACUCUCUGUUAUUUGAUUUUGAAACACUGAAGGUUGCAACCAAUAACUUCUCAGACGCAAACAAGCUUGGAGAAGGGGGAUUUGGACCAGUUUAUAAGGGCGUACUAUCUGAUGGCCAGGAAGUAGCUGUGAAAAGACUCGCAAGAAGCUCACAGCAAGGAUAUGCAGAGCUAAGAAACGAGGUUGCUUUUGUUGCUAAGCUUCAGCAUAGAAAUCUUGUGAGGCUCAUCGGGUUUUGCUCAGAAGAAGAGAAGCUACUCGUCUAUGAGUUCCUCCCAAACAGAAGCCUAGACAAAAUUUUGUUUGAUCCCACAAAAUGUGGUCAACUAAACUGGGAAAGGCGCUACAAGAUCAUCGAAGGGAUUACAAGAGGACUUCUUUACCUUCAUGAGGAUUCCCGCCUAAGGAUUAUUCAUCGAGAUCUAAAACCCGUUGGUCGACCUUGACGGAUCAAAGGAAAGUGCUAGCCGAAUAGUUGGAACAAACGGAUACAUUGCUCCAGAGUAUGCUUUGCAUCGGC